CACACGGCGAAGAAAACAGAAGAAGAUAUCAACAAAGGCCACAGCUUUCUUCUUUCCUUUCAUUCACCUCUCUCUCUCUCUUGAUUAACGAACGCGGAGAGAGAGAUCUUCCUUCAAAAUUGAAAACCCUAAACCAAUCUAAUCUAAUCUAAUCUCAUCUCUCUCCGCGUCCCCAAACCCUAGCGCGAGGGAAUACGAUUUCUCUUCCUUCUCUGGCCUCCUCUAGUUUCGAUCUUUUUAUCCUUAACCUCUUCUCCGAUCAUGGAGAGAUCCGAUUCCAGGGACCUGUACAACUUUGUUCGCUCUUCCUCAGAUUCAAAUAGUAAGCUCUUUGACGCAUCUCAGUAUGAGUUUUUUGGGCAAAAUCUUGACGAAAUGUCAUUGGGAGGUAUUGACGAUGACGAUGUGGUCGCUCCUGUUCUUGGACAUUCUGCUACUGAUGAUGAUGAUGAGUAUCACUUGUUUAAUAAAGCAGGAGAGGGUGCAGGUUUAGGGUCAUUAUCUGACAUGGAUGAUCUUGCCACGACUUUUGCAAAGCUAAAUAGAAAUGUCACGGGACCCAAACCCCUUGGCGUUAUUGGUGACAGAGGAUCUGGUUCCUUUUCAAGAGAGAGUUCUUCUGCCACCGAUUGGACUCACGAUACAGAGCUCACAAACUGGUUGGACGAGCAAGAUCAAGAGGCUAACAGAUGGUCCUCGCAGCCACAGUCAUCUGCUCAUUCACAACCUUUAUACAGGACAUCCUCUUACCCUCAGCAGCCACCACCGUUGCAACACUACAAUAGUGAACCGAUCAUUGUACCAGAAUCAACUUUCACCUCCUUUCCCCCGCCAGGCAGCAGAUCUCAGCAGACUUCACCUGGAAGCCUCCACCGCGCUCCUUCUCUUCCCACCGGUUCUCAGAUGAAUUUCACCGCACCUUCCCCGCUGUCAAACUCUAGAUUUCAUCUUUCAGGACCCUCACACGGGCCUCACUAUGGUGGUAAUUUGGCUAGAUAUGCCUCCUGUGGUCCUACCCUUGGUAACGUUGUGCAACCUCAUUGGGCCACUGAUCCUGGUCUUCUCCACGGAGAUCAUUCUGGCUUAUUACAUAGUCUGGCGCAACAACAACAGUUACCUCCUCGAAAUGAUCUUAUGACUGCUUCACUCAAAUGGGCCUCUAUGACUUAAGGUACCAGGGAUCUC